AUGAGUGCAAAAAUGUCUCCAAAAGAACUGAAGAGCAUUUUUGAAAAGUACGCAGCUAAAGAAGGUGAUCCAAACCAGCUGUCGAAGGAGGAGCUGAGGCUAUUGAUUCAGACCGAAUUCCCCAAUCUGCUAAAAGGUCCAAACACCCUAGAGGACCUCUUUAAAGAACUGGACCAGAAUGGAGACGGAGAAGUUAGUUUCGAGGAGUUCCAGGGGUUACUGAACAAGAUAUCCCAGUGAAAGAAAAAACAGAAUGAUACCAUUCUGCUCACCAAGAGAAGAGCACCUGGGAAGAGCCAUAUUCCACAUGGAGUCCCCAAUGUCUCUGUUAAAUUCUUCCCAAUCAUAAUCACUUGGUAGUGAUAGACAAUUAUUGCCAAUAAAGAAAUUCUUAGACAUGC